AUGGACGAACAAACUGGCGUCUCCCAAGGCCUAAAGUCGGCCUUCUCCUUUACGAGCAUAGCGUGGCUUGCCGUGCUCUGGAUCGGCUACCGCAUCGCUGUUGCGCUUUACAACAUCUCGCCGCUCCACCCUCUCUCCAAGUUUCCUGGUCCCAAGAUUGCCGCAGUCAGCUACCUCUACGAAGCCUACUAUGACUGGUGGCUCCUCGGACGUUAUGGAAAGGUCAUGGCGCGCAUGCAUGAGCAAUAUGGCCCUAUUGUACGCAUCAACCCAGACGAAUUGCACUGCUCUGACCCCGCCUUCACGGAUGAGAUCUAUGCUGGACCUGGACGCUCGCGGGACAAAUGGCAGCACCAACUGAACACUGGUGGUGCUGGGCCUGUCUCGGUUACUGGAUUCUCGACGGUUAAUCACGACCUGCAUCGCGCGCGCAGGGCGCCACUGAACAAGUUCUUCUCGCGCCAGCAGAUGCUGAAGCUAGAAGGCGAAGUGCACGACUUUGCAUCCAUGGUGGCAAACAAGAUGCUCAAAUCAGCGGGCAAGGGUGCUUUUGACGUCAAGGAGGCCUUCAACUGCUACACAGCCGAUGUCAUUUCGCAGUAUGCUUUUGGUGAGCCCAUGGGAUUUGUGGCGCAAGAGAGCUGGGAACCCAACUUUGCGACAUGGGUCAAGUCGUUUUUCAACAGCGCCUACAUGAUGCGACACAAUGCGCUGGGCCGGAAAAUGGCCCAGGUGCUUCCAUUCAUGGCGGAUUAUCUGGGCGAGGACAUCAAGGCUGUCAUGAAUGUCAUGAACGUGACUAUCCCGCAGUACAUUGCGCAGGCUCUGCGCAACCCGGAAAACGGACGUGUCUUUGCCGAAGUCAUGGGCAAAGACAAGUCCAUGUCGGAAGAAGAGAAGUACCGGUAUAACGGAGAAGGAUUCAACUUCUUGCUUGCAGGCACUGAGACGACUGCUGCCAUUCUUACCGUCUUCACCUACUGGGCCCUUGCCAAGCCCGAAGUCUACCGACGCCUGCAAUCCGACCUCGCACAAGCGGGCAUCAACUCACAGAACCUGAAAUGGGUCGAACUGGAGAAGGUGCCGUAUUUCUGGGCCGUUUUGCAGGAGUGUCUGCGCAUGAUGCCUGGUGUAUCUCACCGGUCGGCCAGGAUUGCGCGCGAAGAGGAUUUGCAUUACGUUUCGGCAGACGGCAAGAGCGACUGGGUGAUUCCCAGGGGCACGCCCAUCGGCAUGACGUCCAUGAUCAACCACUGGAACACUGAUCUGUUUCCCGAGCCCGACGAGUUCCGGCCUGAGCGUUGGUUGCUGGAGGACGGCACGCAAAACUACGCGCUGCAGAAGAAGCUGAUUGCGUUUGGAAAGGGCAGUCGCAGCUGCAUUGGCGAGCAGCUGGCGUACUGCGAGCUGUACGUUAUGGGGGCGUACAUGGUGCUGGAUGUUCUGCCGCGGGCGAAGCUGGUGGACACGACAAAGGAGGAUAUCUGGUAUGACCACGACCUGAUUGUGGCGCAGACGACCAAGGGGUCUAUUUCGGUUCGGAUUGCUGUCGCGUAG